CGCACUGUCACCAUGGACCUCCGCCUGGCUGUUUACAACGCGGCCCGGGAAGGGAAGCUGAAGCUUCUGCAGAAGCUGCUGGGCAGCAGGAGCCGCGAGGAGCUGGAGGAGCUGACGGCGGGGCCUGGCGGGGGCGAGGGCGCAGGGGGCACCCCGCUGCUGAUUGCGGCCCGCCACGGGCACCGGGAGGUGGUGGAGUUCCUGCUGGACCACUGUGGCGCCCGCGUGGAGGUGGGCGGCGCCGUCAACUUCGACGGGGAGACCAUCGAGGGGGCCCCGCCCCUGUGGGCGGCCUCAGCCGCGGGGCACCUGCACGUGGUGCGCAGCCUGCUGGAACGCGGGGCCUCCGUGAACCAGACCACGCUGACCAAUUCGACCCCGCUGCGGGCAGCCUGCUUCGAUGGGCACCUGGAGAUCGUGCGCUAUUUGGUGGGGGAGCGCGGGGCCGACCUGGAGGUGGCCAACCGCCACGGCCACACCUGCCUGAUGAUCUCCUGCUACAAGGGCCACUCCGAGAUCGCCCGCUACUUGCUGGAGAGAGGGGCCGAUGUGAAUCGCCGCAGUGUCAAAGGGAACACUGCUUUGCAUGACUGUGCCGAAUCCGGGAGCCUGGAGAUCCUGAAACUCUUGCUCGACUCUAAGGCCCGCAUGGAAAAGGACGGCUAUGGGAUGACCCCGCUGCUGGCGGCCAGUGUGACUGGCCACACAAACAUUGUGGAAUACCUCAUAGAAGGAGCGCUUCAGGAGGAGGAGGAGCUGGUGGGGCAGAGGGGAGCCAAUGAGUCUGGUUGCAGUGGGGUGGGAUGCGAAGAAGACCACGAAGCCUGCUCGUCCUCUUCCCCCAGCAGUGGGCAACCCCAGGUUUACUGCACUCGGGAGGCUGCCGUGGAAGCACUUGAACUGCUAGGAGCCACCUUUGUGGACAAGAAGCGUGAUCUUCUUGGGGCUCUCAAGCACUGGCGCCGGGCUAUGGCCCUUCGCCACCAGAGCGGGCGUUACCUCACCAAACCCGAGCCUCGGCAGUUGGUGCUGGCAUAUGACUAUUCCCGGGAAGUGAGCACUAUGGAGGAGCUCGAUUCCCUGGUGACCGAUCCGGACGAAAUGCGGAUGCAGGCGCUGCUGAUCCGGGAGCGUAUCCUCGGGCCAUCGCACCCAGACACCUCCUACUACAUUCGCUACCGAGGGGCCGUCUACGCGGAUUCAGGAAACUUUGAGCGCUGCAUCAACCUGUGGAAGUACGCCUUGGAAAUGCAGCAGGGCAACUUGGAACCUCUGAGCCCCAUGACGGCGAGCAGCUUCCUUUCCUUUGCUGAGCUUUUCUCUUAUGUCCUUCAGGACCGUUCCAAAGGUACUUUAGCAACCCAGCUGGGCUUUUCUGACCUCAUGGGAGUUCUGAGCAAGGGAGUCCGUGAGGUCGAGAGGGCCUUACUGCACCGGAAAGACCCCAUUGCGGACUCCGUGCAGUUCACUAAGGCUCUGGCCAUCAUCCUCCACUUAGUGUUCUUGCUGGAAAAAGUGGAGUGUUCUCCGGAGCAGGAACACCAGAAGAGACAGACCAUCUACCGCUUGCUCAAGUGUAACCCGCGGGGCAAAAAUGGCUUCACCCCUCUGCACAUGGCGGUGGACAAGGAAACCACCACCGUUGGCCGCUACCCCGUGGGGAAGUUUCCCUCGCUCCACGUCGUGAACCUCCUGCUGGAGUGUGGGGCCGACCCGGACAGCCGCGACUACGACAACAACACGCCCUUGCAUGUGGCCGCCCGGAACAACUGCCCGCUCAUCAUGAGCGCCCUGAUGGAGGCAGGAGCCCACAUGGACGCAACCAAUGCCUUCAAGCAGACGGCAUACGAGCUCCUGGAUGAGAAGCUGCUCACCAAGGCCAUGAUGCAGCCCUUCAAUUACAUCACCUUACAGUGCCUUGCUGCCCGAGCCCUGGACAAGCACAAGAUCCCCUACAAGGGGUUCAUCCCAGAGGAGCUGGAGGCCUUCAUCGAACUCCACUAAGGGUGGAAAGGCUAGAUCUGUCUGCUGCCACUGUGCCCCCUCUAGAUCUCAGUGGCCAGUGGGGAGCAAUAGGGAGGGUGGACACAGUCUUCCUGGGAAAGCUUCUAUUUGCACUGGGCCAGGGGACACCGCCCCAUUUAAAGAGGGAAAUGAAUGAUCCAAGCCUUUAGCAGCCCACGCUGCGGGUGGGGGGCAAGUCCCAAGUGAGGUGACUGUGAGGAGGGCAAGAGACUGGUUUCCGCUUGCCCUUUGUUGCCAGCUGAAUAUCUAGGAAACCAGAGUGGUUUGCGUUUGUCACCUGCUCUCUGAAAGUCAGCCUGCUUUACAAGCUUUGUUCACAAGAAGCCCUUCCUCUCCCAUCCCUGGAGCACACAAGGCUGCUCCCAAGAACCUGAGCUCCAGUCUUAAAUUGCUCGUUCUUUGGGGUGUGGCUCGUGAGCCAGAGCGCCAGUUGCCGAAUGCUCCGCAGAAAGUGCUUGCUAGAGUCGCUGCUUGCACAGUUUACAAAGCUGAGUUUUUGGUGAGGGUUGGUUAUGCUCUGUUUUUUUUGUUCUGUUUUUGUGGCCAAUGUAAGUUUUCUGCUGGAGGUUUUUUGAGAUAGGUUUUCUUUCUUUGCAAUCAAGCACCAUCACUGUCCUCCCAGGCUGCUAAAAAUCCUCUGUGCUCUGGAUGACUCCAGGCACUGCUUUAAGGUUUCCUCUUCUGGCAAAAGAUGGGACGACUUUGGUUAUGUGCAGGAAAUAAUUGGUCUCUUUGGCAGCUGCGUGAAGCGCUGUGUUCGCAGUGCACAAAGAGAAUGUGUUGGGGGUCACAGCUGGGGCACAUUGUCCUUCUUUUAGCCCAGAGUAGUCCCAGUUUUGGGAGCCCACAGGGAGAAAUACACCUUCCGCAGUGGAUUGUGUGCCUACUAUGUUUUGCCUGUGGAUGCUUUCUCUUUUGCAUGGCUGUUGAAGGUGAUGUGGGGGAGGGGGGGUGCUGCUUUAAGACAUCAGGAAACAGAAAGUGCCAAAGAAAAGCA